AUGAACAAUACAAUAUUAAACUGUGAUGAUGAAAGUGCAAGGCCAACAUUUGAUAUAAUAAUUAAAAAUUUAGAUAAAAUUAAAGAUGAUUUUCAUUUAGAUGAAAUAGUAUUACAUAAUGAUGAUGGUUAUUUUGAUCAUGAACAUGAUGAUGAUGAUUAUAAGGAUGAAACGAUAAGAUCCUUACCAUCAUCAGAUUUAAAUCCAUUUCAAAAAUUUGUUAUAGAAAAACUAACUAAUAUUGAAAAUGCUGUUAAUCAUAUUGAUCACAAAGUUAAUUUAUUAUAUGAACGUGAAUCUAUUCAACGUAUUAAAUUAAUUUUGAAAAAAGCUUUACUAAUGAAUUUCGGUGAUAAUGAAUGCAACAUACCACAAAUGCGUUUAUUUAAUUCAUCAUCGUCAACCGAUAUGUUAGAGUUUUUUAAAUUUGUUUCAUAUCAUUUAAUUAAGACGUAUUCUGCUUUAUGGAAGGGAUAUGAUAUGAUAGGUCUAUCAUUAGCACCAAAAACGUUAGAAUUUAAUCUGUUAGGAUUUGCAUUUUGCACUAAACAACAUCAACAUCAUAAAUUCAAUUCAAUAACUUCACCUUUGCACAAUCGUGCUGCACCAAUACGAUGUUCAUCAAUUCGUUAUGUAAUUAAUAAUUUUUUUAAUGAAAAAUAUAAUCCAUCACAUGUAAUUGUAUUUGAAAGUACAACAUCGCCAAUUGAUUUUAAUGCAUCAUUAUUACCAAUGUCAUCGAAUAAUAAUACGAAUAAUAAACAGACAAGAAAAGAAAUAAUAAAAAUGCAAAAUUUAAUUAAAAAGCUAUUUCAGCUUGAGAGACAAAUAUUUUUUUUGUCAUAUUAUUACAAUAUUAAUUUUAAUCAGAUUAUUUGUGGUUUAAAUCUUUUUCAUUUAUAUCAUAAUUCUGACAUAGAUUCAUCAGAUUUAUUAGAAAGAAUAUUUGAAUCAGCAAUUAAAGAUUGUUUACCAUUAUUAUAUCGUCUUUAUGGCAUACAUCAACUGUUUAUUACAUGGUAA